UUCGCUCCGCCUCACUCACCUCGUCAUUUGUGUGUGGGCCGCCACGCUGACGGGGGCACCUCCUCUCCUGUGCUCCCACCACGCCUUCGUCGGCCAGGUGUUCAAGAUGGCAUGCGGUGCCCUGGCUCUCAGAGUGUGAGCCCGUCUGGCACUCCCGCCACAGUGCCAUGGAUGGUUACUCACCAUGCGCAGAAGAUUGGAACUCGACCUUGUGUCAAGAUGAGGGCGUGGGCGUCGAUGCGGGCGUGGACGCCAAUACCACUGUGGGCGUGAUGGCGUCAGACGGGGGACGGGAGAGUAGGCGCGGCUGGCAGAGCAUUAGACAGGAGCUGCAAUGGGCUUUCCCCGUCCAUAUAUACGGGUUCGCCUGUCUCUUCUUCAUGCUGGCGUUCUACACUUUCUUCUCCAUUCUCAACCUGAGGUCACAAAUAUCCAACCGUCCAUUCAUGUCGACCAUCAACGUGUUCUUGUGCGUCUUGGGGGUGACCAGGGCCGCCUGCUUCCUCAUCGACCCCUACACCUUGGGCCAGGUGAUGCCUGGGUUUCUAGGGUCGGUGAUGUGGGAUGUGGGCUACCCCUGCAUCCUCUCUGCCUUCAGCCUCAUCCAGCUCGCCUUCUCUCAGCUCACUCAGGUGAAGUUCCGGCCGGAGACCCUGCGGCGCAAAUCAGCCUUGAGUCUGGUCAUCACUACCCACUUCGCCCUCGUCCUCGUCUCAGAUAUUGUCACAGCCUUCGAGAGCCACCUUCAGGUGUUGCGGUGGGCAGUACAGACGGUGUUCCUGAGCUGGGGCUUGGUGUUGUGUGUGACCUUCCUCUACGGCGGCAGCAGGAUCAUCCGGCUCCUCCGUAACAUCCCCCACGCCGCCUUCCAGGGAGGCGAGCCGGGCGCCCCCAACAACAAGGGGAUUUUGCAACUGGCACUCCUGGCGCAGUGCAACAACAUCGCGUCGUCUGUGCUGACGGCGGCCACUCCGUCACUCCUGGCGCCCAAGAUUAAGAUCACCGACGAGUUCGACCACACCUACUCCUACGUCUCCGAGGGCUCCCGCGUCCCCUCUCUCCACUACGGUGAUAUGGAUUCGGCCCCAACUUCAAGAAGGCCUUCAUCCCGAGCCUCCGUCGGAGGUGACUCCGCUAUCGCCUCCACCUCAGGUAUGAGAGUGUUCGAGGACGAGACCCCAGACAUCGCCGAGGAGAGCGAGGAUCAGGAGUCAGUGACGACGUCGCCCACACGGCCAAGGAGAGGGUCAGGUCUCGGCUCCUCACCUACUGAGCACAGCAGCUGUGGCUCACCCUCUGUAGAACACAGCACCUGGGGCGCCAAAUCCCCCAAGACCCACAGACCGGAGGAAGCGAAAGGCAAGAGGAAAAAAUCGCUCCACGAAAACAACAAAUCGGCCAACAUCGUCAUCAGAGUGGAGGAGGUGGGAGGUGGGGACGGGGGUGGCAGCGAGGUGCCAGACGAUGUGUCGCUGGGCCACGAGCGUGAUGACAUUGCCUAUAUAGACAAAAAUGGACCCGAAGUGAAUGACAGGGAAGACUGGGUGAAUGGGGUCGAGGUGGCAGUCACUAACGAUGCCAAUAGCGAGGUGGGAAUUAAAGGCAUCAUUCAUAACGUCCCGUCUAUAAAACUGAUAGAUUCUGUUUUAAAAUCAGAAACUCCUUCAGAGGAGACGGCCAAAAACUGCGGUGAUGCGAGAAAAGGAGGUUUUUGUGAGUUCAAAAACGUCGAGAAUGACAUAAAAUCUGUUGUUAAAAAUGAUGACAGUGAACAGUUAAAAAUUAGCAAUGGUGAGGAUUUGGUUCCAAAACGCAAAAAGAGUUUGACAUGGUCUGAGGACACGCAGACAAUUGAAAGUUGUGAUAAAGACAACGAGAGUAAGAAAGUAGCAGAGCAGGACACAAAUGAAAGACACUUUAAAGAUAAGCCAAGGCGAGCCAGCACUUCCAGCAGAAGAAGCAGUCAUCGCAGCAGUGAGAAGACUAAACUGCGGCACACUCGUUCCUACGAGCUGGGCGGCGACGCCGGCGGCAGGAGGAGAAGCAGCACCGCGUCUUGUUCGAGUCGCAAGGGGAAUGACAGUUGGCAGGCACUGCCGGGUCCCUGCCACAGAGACCUCCGUAGCCUGGGCUCCUCCUCGCCCUCCACCACUCGCAGGGGCAGCAGGAAAAGCGUCAAGGAUGACGCCGAAGUCGAAGCGCUGCUGGCGCGCUCGCCCGAGAGCCGCGCAGACGUCACUCUCACCUCCAUCCUCAACCACAUCGCUUACGUCAACCAGACGGCGGCGGCCUCGAAGCUCCCCACCACCUUCAAGGACUCCAGGAAGUCCCAGGUGCAGCAGGUGAUGCUGGUGACGUACGUGACGGCAGCGCUGGGCACUCUGCUCUCCCUGGCUCUGGUGUACGGCCUGUAUGGCCGCUUCAGCUCCCCGAUGGUGGUGCCAAGGCCGCCCUGGCUCUGGUUCACCUACGAGUCCACCUGCAGGUUCCUGGAGUUCCUGAUGGGAUGUGCCAUGGCUAACAUCACCCGGCAGCCCGUCAACAGACACCCUCAGUACCCCUACUCCCUCCGGCUUAAGCAGAGGAACUCCCUCUACAUUUAAUGACAACACAGCGUCCUUGUUCAUUAAGACUCGUCCCGGAGGCGUUGCCAGCCGUGGCUCACCCUCAAGAUAAUUUCUGAGAUGGUCUGUUGACUUGUGGUUCACAAGACACCUCAUCACAGACUGUGGGUGCCAGCGAAGUAACUGGUUCAGUGUUAUAAUACACACUAAAAAGACUCCUGUGUUAUCGCUCCCAAAUCAGAAAGACAUCAAUCCCCCCCCCCCCAUCCUUACGAUGUCGUAAAGUUGUGGUUAGAUACAACUGUGUGUAUAUAUAUAUAUAUA